CAAUAAUAAUAAUAAUAAUAAUAAUAAUAAUAAUAAUAUAAUAAUUUUAAAUUAGACAAUAAAAAAAUUGAUUAUAUCAGACAUUCUCGCGUAACAGAACUGUUAAAUUUGACACGUUCGUAACGUAAGAUUCAAAACUCUUAAUUAAUAUCUCUUAAAUUGAUAGAAGCUGUAGGACAUAGCUAAUAAAAAAAAACAAGUUAUAUAAAAUGCGACCUAUCGUAGCAUAAAACGUAAACCACGAUAGGAUUGAUGGAAAUAGCGUAUCUUCGGAAUGGGGCUGUGGGGUGGUUGUACAAACCCCUCUAUCCAUCCCUUCCGAUACUCGUUUCCUUCCUAUAUAAACGGAGACCGUGACUGCGCGACGGUCACAGACACUGGGAUCGCGUGUCCCAAACGUUAGAAACCUUACUUGUCCCUUCUCUACCAAAGUCGAUACGUCGGAAUUCGGCCGAAGGGUUGUUUCGUUUCGUCAAAGAUCAAGGAAUAUUUUUUUUAUUAUCAUUUCGAUGAUUAUACGAACAUGAUAAUACAUAAACUGAAUAAAUGAAACCUAUGUAAAUUAGUGAUAUGAAAGUACACGUGUUCUUGAUCCAAACGAUUGCGUUGAAUCGAACGAAGAAAUCCAAAGAUCCAAAAGUUGUCAGUUAAGGUCAAUUAAAAAAAAAAAAAAAAUGCCUGCUAUAUGGUCAUCGUCAGAAAGACCAUUAUCAGUACGAACUAUUUGGGUGGAUGGUAUUCGUCACGCUGUUCUAUCACCAGACGAUCCUUUGAUCAACACGAAGAUACGUCGACGACCGCAUACAUCGAAAGCUACGAAGGAUAUCAAAAGACAAUUGUUGGAACGUCGAAGUGUCAAAGAGGAUUUUAUGAUAGAAAUUAAAAGUAUCGACGAACUGUGGAACUCGUCGAACGAUUCGUCGAGGUCUAACGUGGAUAAAUUCGAAUUACCAGAGAUACGUUCGAAUCUUUUGUCGGAGAGAGUUCUUCAAUGGUUGGAUUUAUCAGGGAAAGUUCAGAAUUACGUGAAAGACGUAGAGGAAAUAGGUGAACGUUUGAAUAUUGAAGAAUAUCGAGAUUCGAAGAAAUUUCCAUCGAGCAAGCAUGAGAUUUCUUCGAUGAAAAGAAAGAUGGCGAUGCACAAUUAUAAAUUAAAUAGAGAACGAAAACCGGAAUGUUUGGAAAGAAGCGAACGUAGAAUGGCUAGAAGAAAAUUAUUUGAAAUGGAUGAACGCGCGAAGAGAAAGGAUUUAAUUGAAGUUGAAGAAAACAAGUCUGCCAUCAAAGAAGAAGAUUCAUCGAAAAUGGCGCUAGGGGAAGACAAAGGCAAAGACAAAGAAAAAGAAAAAGGAGACGAAGAAAAAGAAAAAAAAAGUUUCACUAAUUCUUGGUCCUCCGUUGGCCGACCACAGCUACAUAUCUUUAUGCCGAAACUUAAUUGCAAUGAGAAAAGACAUGAAUCUUCUCAGGAAUCCCUCGUUUGCGAUUAAUUUUCGAAGGAAUUAUUCAGCAAGGCGAAUAUAAAUUUGAUCUUAUCCGUCUUCUUGCUAACGUGAUAUAUUAACACAUCCGAGAUAAUUAAUUUUGCUUCCAAACUUUAUGAUAAUUACGAUUUUGUCGUUUCAAACAAUUUUUAAAUAUUCUAAUCAUAGUGACAUAUAUA